ACCCCCCAUCUCUUGACCCCAACCACGACGACCUUUAUACACCAGACUCGUCUACACUCUCAUAUAAGACGUUACUGGAAGGCAACGAAGCCCGAGGGACGACGGUCAGUUGCGCUGGUAUAGCGACUGACGAGCCCGAGGUUCAUUGUCGACCUCCGUUAGCGAAACCGGGAUCGACGUGUUCUGAAGUCCUCCGCACGUCCCGACGGGGAGCGCCACUCGUUAGAUUUACUGGCGAAGAGGAUCCAGAACUUCAAUUCGGCGCGUUCUACGACUGGGGGAUCCUGUGUCACAUAGGGCGACACGCGCAAACCAUGUCCGUCCUCAACAAGCGACUAGCUGUCCUUCUAUGGCUCACGCUCAUUCACGCGGCUGGAAUCUACCUAUUUACGAAUGGAUUUCUGCUCAGCAGACUGUCCCUCUCGAACAGGACGACUUGCGACGAUGGGGCAUGCACCCUUCCCCCAACGCAUAACCGCCUCGUAGUCCUCAUCAUUGACGCUCUGCGAUUCGACUUUGUAUCCCCCGACCCGCCUGAACCGCACUCACCCUUUCAUCACAACAUACUCACCCUUCCCCGCGAGCUGACACGGGCACGACCCGAACACUCUUUCCUGUACAACUCCUACGCGGACCCACCCACUACCACCCUUCAACGCAUUAAGGGCAUCACGACAGGCUCCCUUCCCACCUUUGUCGACCUCGGAAACAACUUUGGCGCGUCGUCUAUCGACGAGGACUCGCUCAUACACCAGCUCGUAGCCGCGGGGAAGAAGGGCGCCUUCAUGGGCGACGACACCUGGAUGUCCCCCAACAGCACCUUCCCUUAUGAUUCCUUCAACGUCGAGGACCUCCAUAGCGUCGACGAGGGCGUCAUCCGCCACCUCUUCCCCGCCCUCGCCUCCCCCACUCCGCCGGACUUCCUCGUCGGCCACUUCCUCGGCGUUGACCACGUCGGGCACCGCGUCGGCCCCGACCACCCGAGCAUGCGCGACAAGCUCGCGCAGAUGAACGACGUGCUGGCGCGCGUGAUCGACGCGCUCGCGGACGACACGCUCCUCGUCGUCCUCGGGGACCACGGCAUGGACCGCGCGGGCGACCACGGCGGCGACGGCACGCUCGAGACGUCCGCGGCGCUAUGGGUGUACUCGAAGGGUGUGCCGCUUGCCGGAGAUGAGGCGCCGCCGUCGGGCCUCGUCGACUACGCGACCUUCCCCGGCGCGCGCGAGCCGCACCGCCGCGUCGCGCAGAUCGACCUUGUCCCGAGUAUUGCGCUGCUCCUCGGCCUCCCCAUCCCCUUCAACAGCCUCGGCUCCGUCAUCCCGGACCUGUUUGCAGGCUCGCGACUGCAGCGCGCGCUCGAGAUCAACACCGCGCAGAUCAAGGCGUACCUCGACACGUACCGCGCGAGCGGCGCAGGCGGCGAGCUCGACGAUGCGUGGCCGACAAUCGAGUCUGCAUGGGCCGCCGCGCAGAGCUUUGCGUACCAGGGCGACGCGCACCUCAUCACGCUGUCGAACUUCAAUCGCGUCGCUUUGGGCUCGUGUCGGGCGAUUUGGGCGCAGUUCGACCCCGUGCGUAUGGGGAUGGGGUUGGCGUUGCUGGCAAUUGGGAUCGUCGCUGCAUGGGGUGUAUACUCCUCCCUCGCAAGGGAAGGUGCUGCGUACGAACCAUGGUUACUCAGGCACCUCACCCUCGUUGGUCAAGGCGCUGGUGUGGGCGCAGUUGCCAGCUCCAGUGCCUCCGUCCUGGUGCCCUCGCUUGUCAUCCACCCCCUGAACGCAUCCAUCUUCGCUGCUGCGCUCGCAUCCUGCUUCGCCUCCGUCCUCGUCUCCCCGCCUGCAGUAUCGUUCCGCAAGAUCCCAGGCAUCCUCAUCCUCGCUCUUCACGGAAUCUCAUUCUUCUCGAAUUCCUUCACCUUCUGGGAGGACCGCGUCUCGCAGUGGCUCUUGGCCGCGUCUAUGGUGCCAUUCCUCCGUCGUGCGCUCACGGCACCCACUCGGCAGCUCCGCGCCCGCAUUCUCGGAUGGUCUGUAGCUUUCCUCGCAUGCGCGCGCCUCAUCUCGGUGAGCACAGUCUGCCGGGAGGAGCAGCAGCCGUACUGCCACGUCACGUUCUACGCGUCGUCGUCGCUUCCGGAGCCGCCGCUGCCUGCGCUCCUGCUCGCGCUUCCGGCGGCCUUGAUUGUCCCCUGGGCGCUGCACCGCGCGCUUCGGACGUCGCGCUCGGAGCUGGGCAUAACGCCGAUUGUGCUCAUCAUGCUGCGCGGCUCGCUGGCGGGCGGGACGCUGCAUUGGCUCCUCGAGUGGGCGGAUACGGCGGAGUUGCUGUCGACGUCGAUAGCGCGCCCUCUGCGGUCGUGGAUCGCGCGCGGUGCGCUCGGGGCUGCCGCGCUCGCGCUCACAGCACUCUGGGUUGCUCCGAAGUGUGUGUCCAUGGAGCUCGUGCAGCCGGAGCCUGGUUCCGCACCACAAGCAGGGCCCCGCCGCGUCGCCGUCCUCGGCUACGCCAACAGCCUCGGCGCGCCCUACCUCCUCUUCGUCGCCGCCCUCGGCGCCUGCGUCUGGCUCAUGCAGCAGCUCACCGGCCAGCUCGUCCUCGCACUCUUCCUCCUCGCCGUCCUCGCCUUCCUCGAGGCCGCCGACGCCGCACGCGACGCCGCCGCCAUGCAGGCCGCCUUCGCUGCGGGCUCGCUUCCGGACAGCGAGAGCCUGCCCGCCAAUGUGCCGCGCGUGGGCUUUGGGGAGGUCGUGCCGCUGGCGCUGCUGGGCACGGUCGCGUUCUUCGGGACGGGGCACCAGGCGGUGCUGGCGACGAUCCAGUGGAAGGCCGCGUUCGUGCUCGCGGGGCGGGUGGUGUACCCGUGGGCGCCGGUCAGCGUGGUGCUGAAUUUCUUUGGGGCGGUAAUGCUGGCCGCGAGCGCGGUGCCGUUGUUGGCACUGUGGAAGAGGGCGCCGGCGCAGAUUGGGGGGAAGCAGGCGCCGGCGGAGAAAGGAGAGAUCAGCGAUGCAGGCGAUGGCGCGGACAGCAUCGGGCCCGACUCGCGCGUGAAGGCGGAGGCGACGCUCGCUGGUGUUGGUGUGAUGGUCUACUACGCCGUCCUGCUGUUCGGGGCUGCGGUUAGUGCUGCGGUCCUCCGCCGUCAUUUGAUGGUGUGGAAGGUCUUCGCACCGCGGUAUAUGGCGGCUGCAGCGGAGCUGCUCGUUGUGGACAUUAGCGUUGUUCUGGGCCUGUCGUCGUCGCUGUAUGGAUGGGAACCCAAGAAGGAGGAGACGACUCGGCAGCUGUACGGGCGCUAUAAUCAAAAGUAGGGCAUAAUGCUGGAAUACACACUGUAAUCAAACUGUGUAAGUAUACCUUUUGUUGACAAUCUGCGGC